AUGUCGUUCCUGUUCAAGUCCAAGAAGAGCCAGCAGCAGGGCGCAUUGCCCGCAGCUACCAGGAACAUCGGCUCGUCGCAUGGGCAGGAAUCAGGCAUCCCAACUCUCAACGGACACCUGGCAGUAAAAGAUGCAGAAAAAGGAAGAGGCGGUCAGAGCCUACAGACGCCGUCUGGAGGUAGCAGCGCCAACAACUCGCUGAACUCCUUACCAGCAGGAGCAAAUGGCGCAAAUACUGAGCCCAAGUCUUUGCGCGAAAGGGCUGAUUCGGAUGUACAUAAUGGACGAAUGACUCUCACUCGAAAUCCCAGCGACUCCCCGUAUCCCUGGACUCAACGGCGCAUGACAUUUACCGCCGGCGCGCUACCUUUCCCUCGCUAUGGCGCCGCCGUGAACUCGAACGCGUCAAAAGAGGGCUCGAUAUACCUCAUGGGCGGUCUUAUCAAUGGCUCAACUGUAAAGGGCGACUUGUGGAUGGUAGAAGCAGGACAUAGCAGCAUGGCAUGCUAUCAGGUUCCCACAACAGCAGAGGGUCCUGGGCCAAGAGUAGGGCAUGCGAGUCUGCUUGUGGGCAACGCCUUCAUAGUUUUCGGGGGUGAUACUAAGAUGGAUGAAAAUGACGUGCUGGAUGACACAUUGUACCUGCUCAAUACAUCUACGAAAGCGUGGUCAAGAGCCCUGCCGGCAGGACCCAGACCAGCUGGCCGCUACGGUCACACGCUCAACAUCCUCGGGUCAAAGAUCUACAUCUUUGGCGGACAGGUUGAGGGGCAAUUCUUCAAUGACCUUGUCGCAUUCGACUUGAACGCCUUGCAAGCAGCCAGCAACCGCUGGGAACUGUUGAUAGCUAGCGGGCCUGUCGACCCAGAGAAACCAACGGUACCGCCGGCACGAACGAACCACAGCAUGAUCACUUGGAACGAUAAGCUUUACCUCUUCGGUGGCACCGAUGGCCACGAAUGGUUUAACGACGUGUGGACGUACGACCCUCGGACUAAUGAAUGGGAAAAGCUAGCAUGUAUUGGUUUCAUACCGUCGCCCAGGGAAGGCCAUUCCGCCGCCCUGGUCAACGACACAAUGUACAUCUUUGGCGGAAGGAACGAAAAUGGCGUUGACCAAGGCGAUUUAGCAGCGUUCAGGAUAUCCUCGAGGCGCUGGUACAUGUUCCAGAACAUGGGCCCUUCACCUUCACCGCGUUCCGGCCAUAGCAUGACCGCCUUCGGGAAGAACAUCGUAGUUCUCGCAGGCGAACCAAGCUCGCAGCCUGCUGACCCGGCAGAAUUGAGCCUGGCGUAUGUGCUCGAUACUUCGAAAAUACGGUAUCCAGCAAGCGAGAACCAGCCAACGCCACAGCCCUCUACUGGCCAGAUCGCGCCUCCUGUUCGAAAGAACAGCGGUGGACAGACUGGUAUACCACAGAGCAAAGCUGCAGCCAUCAACCGAGAUACCCCUUUACCAGGUCAGAACUAUAGCAGAGGGCUGGAGCGAGUGUCCAAUGUUCCCCAGUCCGGUGCGGUCAACUCGAAGCUACCACGUGCGGCUAAUGCACAAGGCCCUCCAGGGCCGCCUCCACAACAGCAACCGCCGCAGCCCAGAGCAAACGGCAUAGUGACCAGUGCCAACAGCCUUCAAGAUCAGGCUGCGUCGAAGCCUGAACGGGGCUAUGGGCCCCCAGUGGACACUGCAAGAGCCGCAUCGUUUGAGAGGGAGAACCAAGGCCCUGUUGUGACCGAGAGCCCACAGUACCAUGACUUCGACCGAGGACAUGACUCGCUUGAGCAGGCACGCUCGACGGUACAUUCUAAAUCGUCUUCCUACCACAAAGUCUCUAUGGAUACUGUACAGUCGUCACCUUCACGAAGCGGAUCAAGGUCUACCACGCAGCGGGAGUCACAGGAGAGCAUGGAUCAACCGAGUUCGAGACCAUCAGUCGACGCUCAGGCUCGACUUAGUCGCGAUGGGCAGCAUGCACCAAUGGACAGCGGACUUAGAUCAUCUCCCAAUUUGAGCCACCAGAACGAUGAGCUCGUCAGGGAGCUUGAAGCAGCUAAAAGCCGUAACGCUUGGCUUGCCUCUGAGUUGGCAUUGGCGCGCAAAGCAGGAUAUCAAGCAAACGCUUCCAACAGCCCGAUCCUAGAUGAACGUGCUGCGGACGCCUUUGGAGACGACGAAAGGCCUUUACUCGAGGCUCUAGUGAAGAUGCGGACAGAGCUAGCCAACGUGCAAGAUUCAAUUGACUCGCAAGCGAUAGCGGCCGCUGCCAGGAUUGCAGAGGUUGAAAAGCAGAGGGACGCAGCAAUCAACGAGGCAGUCUACGCCAAAGCGAAGCUCGCAGCCCAUGGUGGCAGCGCAGUCAGCACGCCACAGCUUGACGGCGAACGCGGCACAAACACGCCGGACAGCGAUCGCUUGCCCGAGAUGAACCGACGACUCGCGUCAUCACUGGCAGCUCAAACAGAGCUAUCCUCACGCGUCGAUGGCCUGAUCCAAGAGAUCGAAGCAGAAAAACGCGCGAGGCAAGCAGCCGAGGAGACAGCAGAAGCGGCACAAAAGCGUGUUGCGGAACUAGAUUCGUACAAGCAGCGCAAUACAGUAGAAGCGGACAGUCUCCGGGCCAAGUUGCACGAGGUGCAGAAGGUAGCGCGAGAGGAGGCAGCGAAUGCUGCGGAAGCCCACGCAUCGUCACGGCUGCUGACGGUAGAUAAGAAUGAGCUAUCAGCAAAACUUACGAAGGCACUAGAAGAUGCGAGGAAUUACUCUUCGGUCCUGCAAUCACUGCGCGACGCUCUCAAUGCAUCCUCAGACAAGGCACUCGUGCUGGAACGAAGGCUCGAAGAAGAGGGGUCGGAGCGCGACAUCCUUGAGAACAAGCUGCAGCAACUCAAGGCAGAGCAUGAGCUUCGGGCUACCGAGCUGGAGACGACGAACAGACGCUUGCGCGACACGGAAGAACUUGCCGAAAAGCAUGCUGAAGAGGCACGAACGCACCGGCAAGCAGUGCUGGCUGGAAUUGGACGAGUCACUGAGAGGAACGAAGACGAGCACGACGCCGCAGACGAACGUGUCACCAUCCUCCAGCAGCAAGUCCAGAUUGCCAACGCAAUGGUCCGCAAGAACCAAGAAGCAGCUGACACCGAAGCCGAGAAGUUGCGGCGAGCCGAAGAGCGCAUCGCAGGCCUCGAAGCAUAUCAGGAGCAGGUUAGCCGUGAGAGCUUGCAAACUCGUCGUCAACUGCAAGCAGCUUUACGCGAAGUCCAGGCCUUGCACAGCGAGAAAGCCGACAUGACGCAGCAUUUGGAGCGGCAGCACCUCGAGUCCAACGCCCUCGAAGUCCAGCUCAAGACUCUCAAGACCCUCCUCGAAGAACGCGGCGUCAAUGCCGCAGACGUCCGCCGCUCCCGCGCGCUCGACAGCCCCAACUCCCGCUUCAGCACGCCCGAGCUGAAUCGCAUCCGCGAGCUGGAACAACAACUCGAAGUCUCCUUCAAGGCGCACGACGAGCUGCGCUCCGUCUACGAGCAGCGCGAGCACGAAGUCAGCAAAGAGUGGGAAGAGAAGCUGGCCACGCUCGACAACGACCACCAGGCCGCAGUCAAGUACCUCCGCGGUACGGAGAAAAUGCUGAGCAAGAUGAAGCAGGAGCUUCAGCGCUACAAGAACUCGAAUACGGAGCUCGAACGCGAGAUCGCUGGCGCCAGGGAGCAGCUCGCUAAGAGCGCUGAGCGUGAGGCCGUGCCGCCUGAAUGGGAGACCGAGCGAACCCAGCUCCACGAUGACCUAGCGCGCAUCCAAUCGUCCGUCAAGGCCGACAUCUCGAGCCUCGAAUCCCGCAUCUCCACGCUCCAAUCCGACCUCGCCGCCGUCUCCGCCGACCGCGACGCCGCGCUCCACCACGCGCAAGACCUCGAAACCGCCAUCGCUUCCGCGCGCCAAGAGCUCGAGUCUUUCCGCCACGAGAACGCCCUCCUCGAAGAACGCACCCGCGACGCCGAACGCCGAUGCCAGCUCUUCCUCGACCAGUUCGAAACCAGUGUUGACAACUACCGGCGCAUGAGCCAGCUCCAAUCCCUUCCCCCAAACAGCCUCAAUAACCCCAACCCCAACAGCAGCGGCACAUACACGCACAAGCGCGCGCACGACAGUAUAUCGGGCGAUAGCAUCUACAGCCAGCAGUCUGAAGACGAUCCGACGACGCCGCUCGCGGCACCGCAGAAUCCGUACCAGACGAGCCAGGUAGCGCGGAAUAGCGUCGCGCUGGAUAGUUUGGCUACGGAGUUGGAUGCGCUGAGAACGCAUUGGGAGACGACGAAUAGGAAUUAUAGGGGCGAUGAUAGGUUUGAUUUUGAGAGGACGCCUACGACGCCGGGAGGGGGGGAAGGGGGAUUGGGGGGUUGGAGGAAGAGGAUGGAGAUCGAUGAUGACGGGCAGCUGGAGGGUAAGGGGACAGGGCUGGGGGUGGGCAUCGGCGAAGGGAAUGGGGAGUAUGAGAGGAAGAGGACUUCGCCUGCGAGGGAUGCGGAGGGGGAGGGGAAGGCGGUGUCGUAG